AUGGUCAUCACGAUCUUUUUUUAUCACUUCUUUGAUUCUAUCUGGCAUACUCGCCACAAGAGUAUGGAGAAGUCCUGGAUCAAGCAAUUCCUAUUCCCUAAGAACUCAGGCCUUAAGAUCUUGGCUUUUAGAACACACCAUAUGUGCUCGAUAGGGUUCAGAUCUGGACUUUGCGAAGGCCAGUACCCAGAAACAACCCCACACCAUCACAGAGCCUUUUCCGUAACUUUAUACUGCUCAGUUAAGAUAUGGCCAGAAACAAAUAGUCAGACGGCAAAUGUGCCCACCUACCCCCAAAUUAUGACAGUUAAUACCUAG